AUGACGCCAACACCCCAAGACCAAACAAAGAGCCCGGAGGAGCCUGCUGGGAGCGAAACUGUCGGAGAGAACAACGACUGGGAGCAAAGAAAUCGAUCAGAUACGUCAUGUGAUAGGAUUCUGCUUCAAGCUGAUCCAUGGAAACCAUGCCAACGGUCCCGUGCAACUGUUAAAGGGUGGCUGCUGAAGCUGAGGAGCUGUUUGGGGACAGUGUGUGGGAUGGAGUGGUACUGCUACGCUGCUCUCGGCAUUUCAAUGGCCAUCCUCAGCUUUCUGGUGGACCUGAGUGUGGCGAAGCUGCAGCGAGCUCACCGGUGGAUGUAUUUGAAGCUGGAGGGCAACAGCCUGCUGCAGUUCUUCUGCUGGACUCUUUACCCAGCAUGCCUCUGUGCUGUCGCAUCAUCGUUCACUGACAACAUCUGUCCGUUCUCCACAGGCUCGGGGAUACCAGAGGUGAGGACCAUGCUGGCAGGCAUUGAAAUGCCUCAUUACUUGUCGCUCACUAAUUUGUUCACCAAGCUCCUGGCCCUCAUCUGCACACUGGCAGCCGGCAGCACUAUUUUUCUGGGCAAAGUGGGUCCAUUUGUGCAUCUUUCCACCAUGGUUGCAGCGUACUUCAGCAACCUCUGCACUCUAAUUCAAGGCAAUAAGAAGGAGCGAGCUGCUGGAGAAAUGCUGGUUGUUGCUGCUGCAGUCGGAGUAGCGAGCUGCUUCGGAGCUCCCAUCAGUGGUGUGUUGAUCAGCGUGGAAGUGAUGUGUUCUCACUUUGCACUGAGGCAUUACUGCCCAUGUUUCUUCUCCGCCGCGUGCGGGGCAUUGAUGUUCCGCCUGCUCUCAGUGUGGAGCGGAGAUGGAGAGACUCCUCAGGCGUUGUUCAAAACAAACUUCCCCUCUUCUUUACCUUUCUACCCACUGGAGAUUAUUCUGUUUGCCCUCCUGGGGCUGCUGUGUGGAGCUGUCAGCUGCUGCUACCUCUUCUGCCAUCGGCGGAUCCUGCGAUUCACCAAGACCAACCCCUUCCUGGUCAAAAUGCUGACGACAGAGAAGGGUCUAUACACAGGCGUGGUGGCUCUAUUCCUGGCAUCUCUCACAUUUCCUCCCUCUGCUGGUCAAUAUAUGGCUUCUAAGCUCACCAUGAAGCAGCUCCUAGCCUCCUUACUGGAUAGCAGACAGUGGAGCUCUCAAUCCCACAAUGCCUCCGUUCAACUGGGCCCCGAUCCUUUGUUGGAGUGGAGCUCAUCAGGGAGCCCGGUCCUUUCUCUGGCUGUCUUUCUGCUCAUGAAGAUGUGGAUGAUGGUCCUCGCCUGGACUCUGCCUCUCCCAACCGGAUACUUCAUGCCAGUGUUUGUCUACGGGGCAGCUUUGGGCCGUUUGUUUGGAGAAGGAGUGGCUCAUGUGUCUUCCACUGGAUUGACCUCCAGCCAACAGUGGGCUUCUGUAAAUCCUGGAGGAUAUGCACUGGCUGGUGCAGCAGCUUUCUCCGGCGCUGUGACACACACCUUGUCCCCAGCGCUGCUGGCUUUAGAGUUAACGGGUCAGUUUAGCCACGCCUUGCCCAUACUCCUCGCCACUCUGCUGGCCAAUGCCCUGGCUCGCUCUGGGCACCGCCCAUCUUUUUACGACGCGCUCUCCAUCGGCAAGAGGCUCCCACACCUGCCCUCUCUGGUGAAGGCAUCGCCCCGGCUUCCCUUCACACCAAUUGGACAGGUUUUGGGAUCAAAAUCAGUGCAGCUCCAGAAAGCAGCUGGGCCAGCGGAGGUUCAACAUGCCGUCAACACCAGCUCUGACCAACAAAUCCCUGUGGUAGACUCACAUGAGUCGCAGAUUGUACUGGGCUUUGUUCUCCGCUCGGAGCUGCUGAUGUUCCUGCGUCACUGCACGGCUGAUGGCGUCACUCAGACUUUGGAGAAACAUCUGGAUGAGGUCUGCUGCAUUUACCCCACCUCUGUCCUGCUGUCCCCCCACAACACUGUUCAGGAGGCGCACAGUAUCCUGAGUCUGGUUGGAGUUCAGACCUUGUGUGUUGCAGACAGGGGAAGGCUAGUUGGGAUCAUCACAUGGCCCGAGAUGAAGAGAAUAUUAGAAAACUUGGCCAAAGAAAUCUGAGCAGCAAACGUGAAUCCCCGUCUUUCACGGCUAGCAGUGACUCAAGCUUCAAGCAAAACUGGGAUCAGCUAGAGGUUCCUUAACAUGUAUUAAAGGUUAUUCACAUCUUUUAAUGUGCAUGGUCUUGAAUCACACAUCCGAUAUCCUGACAUUCCUUCAUGUAACAUACUAAUAUUUAAAGACAUGUGGCAAUGACAACAAAAGCUAAUAAAACUGUACACCAAAUAACAUGAUAACGAUGCGUUUUUGAGAAUUUAUAGUGGGUCACUAUGAAAUUCACCUUUGGGAAAGGUAAACCAUCACAUCUA